AUGGAUUCAAUAAGUGACUUAUCAGGUUUUGAGGAUUUUCCAUAUCUGGAUCUUCGAGAGAGUAGCAAUGGAGGAGGAGGAGGAACCGAACUUGUCUUGUUGAAGUCCAAAUCAGAGCUAUCCUGGUACCUAUGGCAGCGCGAUUGGGGAAAAGUGGUGCAACUAUGUGAAAACCGUCCGGAGCUUCUGAGUGUAGGGAUGGGAAGCUCAAACGACACGGCCUUGCACGUUAGCAUCAACGAUAACAGAGGCGAUAUCGCAGAGACAUUGGUGGACAUAAUCAGAACUCACAAAAUAGAGCAGGCACUGAUAGCACAAAACAGCAAAGGUGAAACCCCAUUGCAUUGCGCCGCAGCCAGAGGGUAUGUGCAAAUGUGCCAACUGAUCCUUGAUGCAAGCCACGAUAUGGAUAAGGAUGUGGAUUGGCUGUUGAGUAAAACUAACAGAUGGCAUGAGAACCCGAUCUUCGUGGCGGUUGUCCACAACCGUAAACUUGCCUUCAUAUGCCUUUGCAAAGCAUUUCCAGAAGGAGAAGUCAAAUACUUUUUUGGAGGCCCUGACGGAGAUUCUAUCCUUCACUCUGCCAUUAGGAGAGAACACUUAGAUUUGGCAUUCCACGUGAUCCAAAAGUUCCCGGAGCUUACGCACCACUUUAACAUGAUGGCAAUGAGUCCUCUUGAAAUCCUUGCAAGAACACCUUCUGUGUUUAGAAGUAGCUACAACCUUUCCUGGUGGAAGCAAAUCAUAUACUCUUGCAUAAAAGUUGAUCCGCUGAAGUAUGAUCCCAAUCCUUCUUGUGAAGCAAGACCAGAUCGCAGAAGCUCCAAAUCUUAUUGUCCUGAAAACUACCUCUUGUGUCAUCACUUCCUCUCAUCUUUUGAGAGAAUAGUCUCAAGAACUUGGAGGAGGUCGAACAAUUCUUCAAACCACGAAGCUAAAAGCCAACAUCCUGAUCAUCACUUACAUGGAUUAAAGAAGGAAGAAGGGGAAUCAGCAAUAAUCCCAAAUAAGCAUGUUAUGAAUAAAAGCUUUCCACAAAAUUAUGCUACAUGUUAUGAGUUUCUGGCCUUUGUCUACCUAAAUUUUCUUGGCAUGCUAGGAUUUGGGAAUAUAUUUACCGACAUAAAGAAAGUGAAGCAAAAGUACAUGUGGAGUCUUCAGCUAUUGGAUGCACUCUUGGAAAAGUCUUCAAAUGAAGAAUACAUGAAACAUGGGAAUGACCUGGAAUCCGCUUUCCCUGAUGAAUUUGAUAUGCUUCCACCGUUUGCUCGAAAUCAAUUUGGUGAAGUGGGCAAAGACAAUAAAGUUGAGGAAAUAACUAAUAAAGCCCUGUUUGCAGCAACAGAGAACGGUGUGAUUGAGGUAGUGGAUAAGAUUCUACGGAGAUUCCCAGGAAUGAUCCCGGAAGAUACCUUAGGAUCAUCGAACAAGAACAUAUUGAUGGUGGCGGUGGAGAAUCAGCAAGCAGAGAUCUUUGUGGCACUUCGGCAACACUUGAACAACGUAUCAAGGAAGCAAAACCUGUGGAGCGACCUCAUUCACGCCGUGGACAAAGAGGACAACACCAUUUUGCAUAUAGCAGCAAAGUACGACGAAUCCUUGUCUCAUGGCUGGCAAGCUUAUGGCUCUGCCAUGCAGCUGCAAUGUGAAAUCACCUGGUACGAGUAUGUGAAAUCAUUUCUGCCAUCCCACUUCCUUUUCCUUAAGAACAGUGCUGGUCAAACUCCGGUACAAAUCUUCACUAAUGGCCAUAAAGAUCUCGUUGAAAAGGGCAGUACAUGGCUUAAGGAUACGUCUCAGUCUUGCUCGGUGGUGGCGGCGCUAGUGGCCGGAGUUUCCUUCGCGUCGAGAACAGUCCCCGGAGGCACGGACAACAAAGGUAAACCUACCUUGGAAGGACAUCCAGCAUUUGACCUUUUUGCUAUCAGCGGACUCAUGGGACUAGGAUUCUCUGUCACUGCACUGGUCAUGUUCCUCUCCAUACUCACAUCUCGAAAACAGCCUAUAGAUUUCAAAAGGAAUCUGCCAUUUAAGCUUCUCUUAGGGUUGAGCUCGUUGUUUGUGUCGAUCGUGUCCAUGUUCAUAUCAUUCUGUGCUUCGCAUUUCUUCGUGCUUGAGGACAAGUUCAAGAAAGGACUGUUUCCUCUUUAUGCUGUUACUUGCCUUCCUAUUUCCUUCUAUGCAAUCGCUCAGUUUCCUCUUUACAUGGAUCUCCUGAAAGCCGUCAUCAAGCACGUUCCCCGGUCACAAAAAUUUGUUGAGUUAUGAACGAUCUGGGGAAUCUCUUUCCUCCUUUUUAUUGUUUUUUCAUGAAUUUUAUGUUUCCCAAUUAGUUUGAUCAUAUUUAUUCUCUUUUUCCAAUAUUAUUUUAUUGGAUUUUUGAGGUGUCAGAAAUUUCAUCUAAUUCUUCUGAAUGAAAGGCUGAGAUUUUAGAUAUUAGACACACAGUGGAGAGAGCAACAGACACCCCAAAUCCUUUUUUUUCCUGAUGUUAUAAUAAUUGCUUUUCCUCUAUUGAUUUUGGAAGAGUACUCUUUACUAUAUAUUGUUCUA